UUUAAUUUCAAAAUGAGACGUUUUCAACAAGCUAAAAGUUUUUUAAAACUUUUUCAAAGAUUCUAUUGCUGUAAACCACCAGAAAGUAUAAAAGUCGAUGUGGAAAAGACAGUAGUUUCAGUAGAAAAAGAAGUAAAAGCGGAUAUUUCAGAAGAAUGUGCCAAGUUCGAAGAGCAAGUUGUGAAACAGGCCUUGCUCGAGAAAGAACAAGACGCAUCUUUGCAAAGUCGUUUGGCCAAAGAUUGUAAAUUGUUAUUUAGUAAAUCGUCCAAGCAAUUGACUAUUAAACAGUUCAGCGAGAUACGUUUAGAUGAAAUGGUUCUUCCAAAAGAUGCAACAGAAUCACCCAAAUCUGGAAGCUUCGAGCUUUACUUGAAAGAUAUGGAUCUACAACAAACCCUUGAAACCUCACCAGCUCCAAAAGAUGUCACAACAGACAAAAUUACUGUAGUUGAUAGUAGCGGAGGAAAAAAGAUGUCUGAUGGGAACAGACCAAUACGACAAGAGCCAGGAAAAGUCCUACUAACAUUCAUCCCACAAGAAUGGUGGUACGCUCUGAUGCCAAAAACAGGCGUUACAGGCCUAGGCACGUUCUUUUUCACUUUUGCCACUUACUUGGUCAGCAAAGAGCAUUACGUGCUCGAACAUUACUACUAUCACGGACUCAGCGUUUUAGUAAUUUGGGUGUGCGGCAUCAAAUACCUCGGACCGACAUUAGCCAAAUAUCUCGAUAAGGAAGUGGAUGCUUAUGAAGCGGCUUGGAACGAAGAUAGAGUGAAGCAAAAAGAAUAUUUCAGCGAGAGCAUUAUAAAUGAGCUACAUUUGCAAUUUCAAAUGGAUGGUCAGCUAAUGAUUACUGAUGUUAAAAGGGAGAAUGUACAGUUGCAACUUGAAGAAGAGUAUAGAAAAAGACUAAUGUACGCUUAUAACGAAGUAAAAAAUCGCUUGGAUUAUCAUGUGGCAGUGGAAUUAAUAAGGGAAAGGAUUCAACAUAGGAAUCUGAUUGAGUAUGUUACUGCUGAGGUGACAAAGGCAAUAACGCCCGAAAUGCAAGACAAACUAAUUUAUUACUCGAUUGAUCGUAUAGUUGAAGAUUUAGCUAAAAUUACAGAGAAAAAAUAAUUAUUUUUAAUCAAUAAAACUACCUUUUGUUAAAUAAUAACAUGCACUUUUAUUUUAACUUAGGAGAAAAUUGUAUCAACUUGAAGGCCUUAGUUCAAUUAAAAAAGUAUUUACAAUAAUUAAAACUUCAGAUCAGGAAAUCUACUUCUUACAUGCAAACAGAAAUUAUUAUUUUAACUUAAAUUAAAAAUAUCGGAGAUUAAUAAAUAUUUUUACAAAAAUACGAUGUCAAAUUUUGCUGUAAUAAAGUGAUCUACACCUUCAAAUAAUGAAUAUGGAAUAGCUUAAAAAAAAAUAAUACUAAUUGACUCUAGGUCUUUUUGCUUUUGGUUCAGGAUUGUCCAGCAUCAGCUCUUCGGGUACUUCGAGGCCCAAUUCGUAAGCUUUUUUAGCCAAGUAGCUCAGUAAUUUGUAGCCGCAUCUGAAAUAAGAUUCAAAUAAUUUUUAUUUUUGCUAGAUUCAAUCAGUUACUUGUAGACUUCGUCCGAGCUGGAAUUGUAAGUGUUACAAUUGUUAAAAACGAGCACCACGUCUCUCAUCAGUUGCGAAUCCGUACUGUAUUUGCCCAUGUUUAAUUUGUACUUGAUUGUACCGAAAUCCAUGGGUUCUUUUAUGAUAUCGUAAUAGUCAGGAACCUAGAAAGAAAAUACAAAUUGAAUGUGCAAUAAUAA